AGAAGGAAGGAAAGGAAGGAAAGAAAAAAGAAAGAGAAAGAAAGAAAGAAAGAAAGAAAGAAAGAAAGAAAGGAGAAGGAAGGAAGGAAGGAUUAUCUCCAAAGGCUAAAAAAAGGGGAGGGGUCUUUGGGAUUUUCCAGCCUUCCUGCUAAGAUGUGGUAGGGGGCGUGGGAGACACAAGGCAGCGCUUCUGAGCCUGUCCCCAAUGGAGUCUCAGCCGUCUUGAAAAAGAAUGACUUUCUCUGACCGGAUUAAUGCCAGCUUGAAUGGGAACCACACAGGAGACCUUGGCGGGAUUAACGGGUCCUGGAUCAGAGGAGAUGUCCACUCCGACAGCGGCCGCAACGCCUCGGCGGCUGUGGGACUGAGCCUGCAGUCGGUGGGCGUCGGGGUCUUCCUCGCCAUCUUCAUCCUCCUGGCCAUCGUGGGCAACAUCUUGGUCAUCCUCUCGGUGGCCUGCAACCGCCAGCUGAGGACGGUCACCAACUACUUCAUCAUCAACCUGGCCAUCGCCGACUUGCUGCUGAGCACCACCGUCCUACCCUUCUCGGCCACCUUGGAGGUCCUGGACCUCUGGGUCUUCGGCCGCAUCUUCUGCGACAUCUGGGCCGCGGUGGACGUCCUGUGUUGCACCGCCUCCAUCAUGAGCCUCUGCAUCAUCUCGGUGGAUCGGUACAUUGGGGUCAAGUACUCCCUCAAGUACCCCACCAUCAUGACGGAGAAGAAGGCCGUCGUCAUCCUGGGGGUGGUCUGGCUGUCCUCCAUGGUCAUCUCCAUCGGACCCCUUUUGGGUUGGAAGGAACAGCCUCCGGAAAGCGACCAGCUCUGCACCAUCACGGAAGAACCGGGCUAUGCCAUCUUCUCCUCCCUUUUCUCCUUCUACCUGCCCCUGUUGGUCAUCCUGGUGAUGUACUUCAACAUCUACGUGGUGGCCAGGAGGACCACCAAGAGCCUGGAAGCUGGGGUCAAGAAAGAACGGAACAAGUCCAUGGAAGUGGUGCUCAGGAUCCAUUGCCGGAGCGUCCUGGAGGAUUCCUUGGCCAGCACCAAGAGACACACUUUCAGAAGCUCUCUCUCGGUCCGGCUUCUGAAGUUCUCCAGGGAGAAGAAGGCAGCCAAGACGUUGGCCAUCGUGGUUGGAGUCUUCAUUCUCUGCUGGCUGCCGUUCUUCUUCGUCCUGUCUUUCGGUUCCUUCUUCCCUUCCCUGAAGCCCUCAGGAAUGGCCUUCAAGAUUAUCUUCUGGCUGGGCUACUUCAACAGCUGCGUGAACCCCAUCAUCUACCCCUGCUCCAGCAAAGAGUUCAAAAGAGCAUUCAUCCGCCUGCUGAAGUGCCAGUGUCGUCGGAGGAGGCCCAUCUGGAGGGUUUAUGACAACCCUUGGCGAGGGGCCUCCGUCAACGGCUGUAGCCAAGACUCGGAGAGGGAGCCCGGAUCCAAGAUCUCCACCCUCAACGGCUCCUUCAUAUUGAACUCCAGCAGCUUGGAACAAUCGAGCAGGAGGAGAACUCUGAACUUGAAGAGGUGGAGGAUAUUCUCUCCGUUCCACAAGCCCACCGUCCAGCUGAAGGAGAAAAUGAACAGUCUCUCCCACAAAAUGCGUGGCAGCUCCCUCAGAGGCGGCAUGGCGGCCUCCUUCAAAACGGAGGUGGAGUCGGUGUCCAUCGGCAUCCCCAAUGAGUUCUUGGAAUGCAUCGACUACCACAUGUACGACGAUCUGACUGACUCGGAGUCUUGUGGGCUCAAAGAGACGGAUAUUUGACACUAAGGGGGAACCCGCUCGGUUUUUUUCUGGAUUCAGUUUGGUUAGUCUCCAUCUUAUAAGUGGUUGGUUGACAAAGGUGGAUGCACUCCAUGAGUGAGACAGGUAGACUAACCAAGGUAGUUAUACCCCCGUUGCUUUGCAUUCAGAAGACACCGCAUAACUUUUUGGGGAGCUUGGUGCUCUCUGAGCUGGGUGGUUUUCUUGCAGACGUUUCAUGACCCAACUAGGUAACAUCAUCAGUGCUAGAUGGGUGUGGUGUUUCGGGGGGAGGAGGAG